GGAUUGUUGAGCUAAUCCAUUGAAGGAACUCACCUGAUCCCAUCCUUUCUGUUCGAACUUUUCUUCGUGCAUGUCGCUGCAAUAACACCCGCUCUCGACCGCCAUGUCGGUUGACGAGCGGCCCUAUUCGCCUUCCUUACCAUGGCGAAUCACAUCAGCAGCAGCCUUCGGCGCCGUGGGUUUCUUGAGCCGAAGCUUUCUCUUUCUUUUGAAUAAAACCGAAGUACGUGGUCUUGAUCGUUUGGUGGAAAUCCUCGAUGCUAGAAAAGAUGAGAGGCAAAGAGAGCGUGGUUUGAUUACAGUAUCUAACCAUGUGAGCGUACUUGACGAUCCCAUGGUCUGGGGCGUAUUACCAUAUCGAUAUAUCUGGGAUCCGAACAAUAUGCGAUGGUCGUUGGGAUCUUACGACAUCUGUUUCAAGAAUGGACUCAUGUCUGCUUUCUUCUCUUAUGGCAACACCUUACCCACACAUCGCGCCGCAUACUCGAAGUUUGGCGGUCUCUUCCAACCAACAAUGACACAGUGCAUAAGGCUUCUCAGCGACCCUCACAGCACCAACGACCACAACACAGACGGGAAAGAAGCCUACCGGACAUCUACAUCAAGCUUCGCCGCGACCGACCCAUUCUCCUCCGCAGAACUGACCUACUCCACAAACGGCCUGGACUCCUUCCCAGCACCAUCAUCCUACCCUUCAAGACGCUUCUCUUGGAUCCACAUCUUCCCCGAAGGCAUGAUCCAUCAACACCCAGAUAAAGUGAUGCGGUACUUCAAAUGGGGCGUAGCACGCCUCAUCUUAGAAUCCGAACCAUGCCCGGACGUCUUACCAAUGUGGAUCGACGGACCCCAACAGGUCAUGGACAAUAAUCGAGGAUUCCCUCGUCCUCUCCCAAGAAUCGGACGAGAGAUCAAAGUCACAUUCGGCGAGCUGGUAGAUUCAGAAAAGGUCUUUGAGCCGUUUCGACAGAAGUGGCAGGAAUUGAAGCAGAGGGCUAGACGGAAACGAGAACGAGUUUUGGAGAUGGGGAAGUUGGGCGUGGAUGUGGAUGAGAAAGAGGAAGUAGGUGUUCUCAAUGAUGAUGAAUUGAAGUAUGGCAAAGAAGCGGAACAACUUCGUAUCGACCUCACGCUAGCUGUGCGGAAUGAGGUCCUCAAAGUUCGGAGGUCUUGUGGUUUACCGGACGAAGACCCGAAGAGGACUCUCGCGGAUAGCUUUAGAGAAGAGGGCACUUUCGGGCGAGAUGGAUUGAAGAAGGAUGGAAGUUCUAUCAAGCAAGGAUGAGUCGAGAUAAACGACAACUGUCACCCACCGACCAAGUAGUUUAAGAUCAAGUCCGAGCGCACGUGAAGAGGCCAAACUAUCAACGCACGUGUCAAUUAUCUGGACUACACUGGUGAUGCUAAGGCUGCUCGAACGCUUUCUGCGCUUUGUGCAGGGGCGCAAAGAACGGCGCAUGAAAACACCGAAAUCAUGCCCGAUGGGGGCAUAUUGAUUAUCUCAGUAGCCGAGAUUCUGAAGGCAAAACAAGGAAGCGAACGAAGACUCGUGACAUU